AGAAGUUCGCUACCGUUAUUUGUUACUUCGUUUGGAUGCGAUAGUGGCGGACAGACGCGCGUGUAGGUACCUAGGUAGGUAGGUAAGGUGAUGGCAAUGGGAUGAAAUGGGAUGGUAUUCUUGAUUAGGAGGCGAAAUUAUCGAAAAGGGCUGGGCCAUGGACCCUGGCCCAGAAUGGCAGUCUUGAUUUCGAUUUGCAGAUGUCGAUGGCGUUCGAGAUUUCUUUUUUAGCUUCGCGGAGCUGAUGCGUGAGUUGCGCUCCUGGGAUAUCUCAUGUUCAUGUGAUGAUGUAUUGGACGAGGCGUCUUCUAUAAAGACUCGUAUUGUCCGCCCGUUGUUGGAAUAGAAGAUCUCCAUAGGUACUCAUCAGAUAAUCGUACGGACAAGCAAAGUUGCCUUAUAUAUAUCUAUAUUUUAAUCAGAAGUCCUCGAGAGCUCCAUCUCUAUCCCCAACUUCAUCUAUACCCAAAUCCCAAAUCCAAACAAACUCACCCACGAUAUAAAACAAAAAGAACCCCCAAAAUGCGCACCUCAACCCUCCUCCCCAUCUUCGCCAGCCUCGCCGCCGCCGCACCCGCCGCACCCGCCGCAAACCCCCAACCCCAACUCCUCCUCCUCACGCGAGAAGACGCGCCGUCGCCCCCGCCCCGCAUCGUAUCGGUAUCCUACUCGGGCAGCGGGUGCCCGUCGGCCUCGCCGGCGGUCGACCGCACGGGCGGGUUCGACGACAUAUCGCUGCGGCUGAACUCGUUCGAGGCGCGCACCAGCACCACGUCCGGCGGAGCACCCGCCGACGCAUCCGUCAACUGCCAGGCCCACCUGUCCAUCGCCGGGUCCGCGGCCGGCUGGCAGGUCGGCGUCAAGGACGUGUAUGUUAAGGGCCAUCUGGUGCUCGACCCGGGCGCCGCGCUGGAUUAUUACGUUACGAGCUUUUGGAGCGAGGAUGCUGGGAAGACGGCCACGAUCAGGGGCUCCCUAGCCAACAGCGGCACCGGCCGCGUGAGCCAAGACGUUACGGCGCAUAGCACCGUUCCCGACGACCAGGUCGUGUACUCGCCCUGCACGAGCUCCAAGGGCGACGUCGGCCUGCUCAACGUCAACUUCCGCGUCGCUCUCCAGGCCGACGGCGCUCAGUACGGCUACUUCGGCAAGGACCCUGAUACUACUGCCUCUGAGAGCUGGAGCUACGUCUGGCGCCGGUGUUAACUAGAUUGUUUAUUCUUAUUUUUCUUCUUCUUC